AUGUUUUUACAACGGGCUGUAAAGAAAUUUGACAUUAUCAACCCAUCGGGUGGAUGUGUAUUCCCGAAAGUCAUCCCGAAAGAUUCUUUCCCUUCAAAACCUGACCCGGACAUGGUCAAGUGGCACGAAACCGUUAGCCAAAAACUGGAAGACGACUAUAAUGCGAAAGAACUAACGGGCACUUCGAGGCUUUCUGAUCGCGAUUUACAAAGUCGCAAAGCAUGUGCCAAGUCUCAAGACGGUUUCGUGCCGGAAGAAAUGCCUGACUAUUUCUCUCGUCGAGGAAGUGCCAGUCAAAGGCGAAUCAAUUACCAGAGACAAGCACCAGCAGCAGAAGUUAGUUCCCCGUAUAACAUACGUUCUCAUAAACGAUCUGUCCCAGAAUUCACCUCUCCACUCUCCACUGAACCGGAAUUGAGACACGACUACAUCGAAGAGGAUUCAGUACCGAUAUAUACCCGUACCAAAACCCAUAGUAGACCAAUUUCACGACAGAGACGCUCUCACCGUGGUCGAUCAUUAACGCCUUCCCCACGACGCCCGCAGACGCCAUCUGAAUCCUCGUCAGUGUCGGACGAGUUCGAGGAACCUGUUCGUCAUUCCAGAUCACCAAGCCAUCCCGAGGAUGAGGACGAUGACUAUGAAAAGUUGUUCUCCACCCGCAACUCGCAUGCCAGACGCCACUCGCACGACGCCGCAUACUCUUCAAGGAAAAGGUGGAAUCAGUCCCCAGCACGCCGCCAUCCCCAACGAGAAGACGCCAUUCCACCAGAUGCAAACGAGGGUUACGAUUACUACCCCCGCAUUCCCAAAUCUGCAGAAUUCCGCUCCUACCCUGAUGACUUGCGGCUCGUGGACUCACUCUCCCACUCAUCCCGCAGACCAAAACAGCCCCUGCCACCCCCUCCGCCAGCACUCCCCGGGGCUAAAUUCCGCGAAUACAUCUUCGAUGAGGACGGCGGAUACCCCAACUCCGCCCCUGCUUCGCCCAUCAAUCAUCAACAGCAUCAACAUCACCCUCUCUACUACCGCACCACCUCUUCACGAAUCCCGGCAACAGCACACAACUCAGUCCACACCCACCGCCAAUACAUACCCAGAAUGGAAGCCGAUCCACCUCUCCCAACCCGCUCGCUUUCAAGCAGGCGAAAGGCAAGCGUUAGUGCCAGCGCAGGCAGCCGUAGUGGCAGCAGCUCAGAGCGAGCUCGCGCAAUGUCCAUAAGCGGGAAGCCACUGGUACAUUUGCGCGUUAAUCAAGCCAUGCAGCCAUUGACAAGGCGGCACUGA